CAUCUCAAUGAGCCCAUUAGCGCCGCAAUCUCGCAGCGGCGGCCAGCGCAGCGGCGGGGCGGCAACGAGAGGCUCUGCGCGCCCCAGUCCUGCGUCCUUGGCGGGCGCCCCGCGCUGAGAGCACAUCUUCGGCCGCACCCAAGCUUCGCCUGCCUUUUUUUUUCCCCCAGCUCUUCAUGCUGCCCAACUAAGAGGAAAAAAUGGGCACGGGGGAUUUUAUCUGCAUUUCCAUGACUGGAGGGGCGCCCUGGGGGUUCCGACUGCAAGGUGGCAAGGAGCACAAGCAGCCCUUACAAGUGGCAAAGAUUCGAAGCCAGAGCAAAGCCUCUGGGUCUGGGCUGUGUGAAGGGGAUGAAGUGGUUUCUAUCAAUGGCAACCCUUGCGCAGAUCUCACCUAUCCUGAAGUCAUCAAACUCAUGGAAAGUAUAACAGACUCUCUCCAAAUGCUCAUCAAAAGACCAUCCAGUGGGAUGAGUGAGGCUUUGAGCUCUGAAACCGAAAACAAAAGCCAUGAGCAUCUCACACAAGAGGAGUAUGUGGAAAGCACCACUCUCCAGAUUCGCCCAGCCACAAACACCCAGCACAGAGAGCUCUUCGUGGUACCAGCCAAGGUGGCAGUUAACCCAGCUGAGGACCAAAGAAGUGGUCCCGGUUGUUCAGGGAACUCUGAAGAAGAAACAGGCCUCAGCUACCGCGGGGCCCCCCGAGUGCUUGACUCCCAAGGGGGAGACUUGGCAGAAGAAAUUAUCCUCCGGGAAGGAGCAGGCGCUGGGCAGCCAAGCCCUGUGGUGGAGCUACAACUGUCCCUUUCACAGCAGAGAUCCGAGGGCCCCGUGCUGGCUCUCUUGGGAGCUGAAAAAUCUAAGUCUCCUGACCCACACCCUACUUCACAGCACGACAAGAUUAUCCACAUAAAUUCAGUCGCUACUUAUGAGAAGCCAGACCCUUCUCUGAGGUCCAGCAAGAUAAUCCAGAUCUCCAGUGGCAGCGAGCUGCGAGUGACCCAGGGAAGUGGAGCAGGAGACGCGGGGCUGCCCCGAGUGGAAGUGAUCCUCGACUGCUCUGACAGGCAGAAGACGGAAGGGUGCAGGCUUCAGCCAGGGAAGGGGUGUGUGGAUUCCCCAGUGGAAGGAGGGCAGUCAGAAGCACCUCCUUCUCUGGUAUCCUUUGCCGUCUCAUCAGAAGGCACAGAGCAGGGAGACGCUGCGCGCUCGGAAAAGGAUCACAGCCGACCUCACAAGCACAGAGCGAGGCACGCGCGGCUCAGGAGGAGUGAAAGCCUGUCAGAAAAGCAGGUGAAAGAAGCCAAAUCUAAAUGCAAAAGCAUUGCCCUUCUUCUAACAGAUGCCCCCAACCCCAACUCCAAGGGGGUGUUGAUGUUUAAGAAGCGCCGGCGGAGGGCCAGGAAAUACACACUAGUCAGCUACGGUACUGGCGAGCUUGAGCGAGAGGCAGACGAGGAGGAGGAAGAAGGGGACAGGGAGGAGACUUGUGAAGUUGCAUUUCUGGGCACUAGCGAGUCGGAGGUGGAUGAAGAGUUACUCUCUGACGUUGACGACAACACACAAGUUGUGAACUUUGACUGGGAUUCUGGACUGGUGGACUUUGAAAAGAAACUGAACAGAGACGACAAGAUGGAGAUGUUGCCAGACACGACGGGAAAGGGAGCCCUCAUGUUUGCCAAGAGGAGGGAGAGAAUGGAUCAGAUCACAGCCCAGAAAGAAGAGGAGAGGGUGAGCGGAAUGCCAGGCAGAGAACCAGAUGCUGCCCAGACGGAUGGCCUGAGAACCACGACUUCUUACCAAAGAAAGGAAGAGGAAUCCGUGAGGGUGCAGAGCUCUGUGAGCAGGAGCUACAUCCAGAUGGGCCCUGGUCCCGGCCAUGUGCCGCAGCAGAAUGGCUUCAGUGGGGUGUCUGAGACGGCAGAGGCGCAGAGGAUGAACCCGAUGAACAGAACAGCCAAGCCCUUCCCAGGGUCUGUGAACCAGCCAGCAACCCCCUUCUCUCCAACCCGCAACAUGACAAGUCCCAUCUCCGACUUUCCUGCGCCACCACCCUAUUCUGCGGUCACUCCUCCACCUGAAGCCUUCUCCAGAGGGGUGUCAAGUCCGACUGCUGGCCCCGCACAGCCCCCGCCAUGGCCGCAGCCUGCUCCGUGGUCCCAUACAGCCUUUUACGAUUCAUCUGAGCGAAUAGCUUCCCGGGAUGAGAGGAUCGCAGUGCCAGCGAAAAGAACAGGAAUAUUGCAGGAAGCCAAGAGGAGAAGCACAACAAAACCCAUGUUUACUUUUAAGGAGCCCAAAGUCAGCCCGAAUCCUGAACUCCUGUCCCUUCUUCAAAAUUCAGAAGGCAAACGGGGCACUGGAGGCGAUUCCGGACCUGAAGAAGACUAUCUCAGCCUAGGGGCAGAAGCUUGCAACUUCAUGCAAAGCUCCUCUGCUAAGCAAAAGACCCCACCUCCUGUUGCUCCAAAACCUGCAGUCAAGUCCUCCUCCUCCCAGCCUGUCACUCCUGUUUCUCCUGUCUGGUCUCCAGGGGUGACUCCAGCCCAACCUCCUGCCUUCCCUAUGUCAAGUGCAUCGCAGGGCCCGAUGGUUUCCUCCAUCAAAAUAGCUCAGCCUGCUUAUCCUGCCCGGCCUGCGAGUGCACUGAACCUAUCUGGUCCCUUCAAAGGACCACAAGCAGCAGUAGCCAGUCAGCAUUAUACACCGAAGCCAGCAGCUCCCACACCAACAGUGAAUGCCCAUGCAGGUGCAGUGGGACCAUCCAAUGAGCUUCCUGGAAUGAGUGGGAAAGGAGCCCAGCUCUUCGCCAAAAGGCAGUCAAGAAUGGAGAAGUAUGUGGUUGAUUCAGACACAGUGCAAGCCCAUGCUGCCCGAGCUCAGUCUCCCACUCCAUCUCUUCCAGCCAGUUGGAAGUACUCCUCCAAUGUCCGAGCCCCUCCUCCUGUGGCCUACAAUCCUAUCCACUCCCCCUCCUACCCACCGGCUGCUGUCAAGUCUCAGCCAUCAGCCCCACAAGCCUCUAAAGUGAGCAAGAAAAAGGGCAAGAAACCCCUCAAUGCUCUGGAUGUCAUGAAGCACCAACCAUAUCAGCUCAAUGCAUCCUUGUUUACUUUCCAACCUCCCGAUGCAAAGGAUGGCCUCCCCCAGAAGGCAUCAGCCAAGGUCAACUCCAACCCGGCCAUAAAGCAAGCUCUUCCUCCCCGACCAGUGAAUGUUGGCUCACCCACAAAUGUGCAGGCUUCCUCAGUGUACUCAGUGCCAGCCUAUACCUCUCAGCCUCCCUACUUUGCAGAGGCCAGCUCACCAGUCAGCGCAUCCCCCGUGCCCGUGGGCGUCCCCACUUCUCCAAAGCAAGGAUCAGCCUCCUCAUCUUAUUUUGUGGCGCCGAGGCCGAAGUUCUCAGCCAAGAAAAGUGGUGUCACAGUCCAGGAGAUUGGGCGCUCCCUUUCUGUUCCCGGAAGAUUUAUGCCACCCACCAUUUCUACAACAUCUCCCUGGGGAUACCAACCUGCUUAUAACUACUCUAGCAAGUCAGCUGAUGGGAUGGACAAACCAAGCAAGAGACCAACCCCUUGGGAAGCGGCUGCAAAGUCUCCCCUUGGUCUAGUGGAUGAUGCCUUCGGACCUAGAAACAUCCAGGAAUCCAUUGUGGCAAAUGUGGUCUCAGCAGCUCGGAGGAAGGUGCUUCCAGGGCCUCCACAAGAUUGGAAUGAGAGAUUCCCCUAUGUUCCUCAAACCCAGAAGGCCAACACCAGCUCAUUUAGAAAGCAAGAAUAUAAUGUCACAUCCCUAGCCAAUAAUAAUAAUAAGUCCAGCAGUUCUCAAUAUGGUUCCCAGUUGCCAUAUGCAUGUUAUAGGCCAGUCUCCAGAAAUGAUUCUGAAAUAAUGUCCUUGGAAACCAGGUCUGAUUACUGUCUUCCAGUAGCUGAUUACAACUAUAACCCACACCCAAGGGGCUGGAGACGCCAAACAUGAAAGUUACAAGAACUGAUCAUGUGCCAACUAUGAUUUUUCUUAAUGCUCCUUUGUAGAGUUUUUGACUUUUCUGGUAGAUUUUGAUUCACUUCUGGCCUCUUCUUGUUCUUAUAGGUUAUUGAUCUGCAUUUGUGUGUUUAUGUGUGUAUAGGGGUUUGUGAGCAUGAAUCACUUCCUUAUCUGGUGAUGCACUGAGAAUUUCUCUGAAAAAAAUUUAUUUUUUGCAUUGAUGUGCUGGCACUUAAAAGUAACUCAUAAUCUUAAUUACAUUUAUAUGAGUGGUCUGAUCAACUAAACUCUACUGAAUUUAGAUGAAAUUAAGUGUUUUCUUGAAUGUGCUUUAGUCCAGAAAGGAAUGAAUGGAAUAUGGUGUGCUCAUUAUCAUCAGCUGUAAUAACAAUGAAUAUAAUUCUGGAGAAAUUUUCAUUGGGAACCUGCUAAUGAGUAAUGAUUAUGAAAAAGUGACUUCUUUAGUGUUAUUUCAAGCAUUUGUCUGAGACACUUUAUGUCUAGUAAAAUUAAGAUUUUCUUUUUGAAAUAUAGGAGUUCUCAGAAAAAAUCAAUGUAAUCAAUGUAAAUGAAUAUGAUUAUUAGGCACUUCAGAAGGGUUUGGGGGGUAAAUGAUGUAAUGUGUGGAGAAUUGAAAGGUUUAUGUAUAGGAUUUAUUUUUAAUCUAAUUUAGAGCCAGCAGCCUGAGACAGGAGUAGCUAUGAGUUUGGAUAUCCCAAUUUAUCAAAUGAGAAAAUUGGAUUAUCUGAUAUCUUAGUUCCUUAUCAACUUGGAUAUUCUGGGAUGCUCUCGUUAGUAAAAUGACCUUUGAUGCAUUGUCCAUAUUUUGUUGUUCAUUUUACAAAUGUCAGAUUAAGUUUAGGAAUGAAUUAGGUAACUAGUGUCACUGCCUGUGUCAUCAAAGGUCCCAAAAGGAAUUGCUGGGCAGCAGGUUUUAUGUUACGUGUUACAUGGAGGGAGGACUGAUGUGAAAAAAAUCUAUUAAUGAGUUUAAGGAAAUGAUAGAUGAAUAUGCCUGUUAUUAUGAAAGUAUAGGUCAUGACCACUUAUUUGAUUAGAAGAAACAUGCCACGGAAGCCUAUGUAACUAGUGGUGCUAGUGGGAUGUUCAAAGGAAGUUAGACAGCUGUGUCAUCAAUCCCCUAACCCAUGACUCUGUAGCUUGAUAAUAAACAAUCAGAUCCAACACCACUUCUUACUACUACACCCACAAAGCACUAAAUAUAAGGACAUUCAAAAUUUUACACAGUAAGCAAGUAUCUAGAAUAUUUUUAAAUAAAAUCUUGAGUAUUCAAAACUUGCUCAAGUUUUUAAAUACGAUAAUUUUGCUUUGUUUGCUUUUGUAACUCGAAUUUAUCAUUAUGAUGUUCUCUUUCAUUGAAUAAAAUUUAAAAGAUUCCAGGGUGCAAGUAAUCCCUUACCUUCAAGGCUAGAAAAAAUAAUUUUUUUUAAAGGUAACCUUAGUGGUAGAACCAGCCAAAUAGUACUUUGUUCAGUUAUGGAAGAAAAAAAACAUAAAUAUUUUCUAUAUUGUUAAAUCAUCUUAAAUUGAUAUAGUGUUAAUUCCCUCAAGGUGUAAAAUAUUGUUAGUGACUCCACAAAUUUCCAUGAAAUCUUAAAAGAUAAUAUCUGGUAUAUGGAUCAGUCUGUCAGCAUAUUCUCAGAAAUCCUUCACCUAAAAUCCUUACUUGGUUCAAAGUUUAUUAUAGUGGUUGAAUCAUUCUAGGUUUGAAAGUUUUAACAAAUGGAGGAUUUAGUGGAAAAGAUUUUGCUUGUUAGGACCAUAUUCCAUUUUAUUGCUUUCUCUUACAAGUGUUAGUGUUAUUUCCAUCAGUUGAUACACAUUAUACUUGUCGUGUUCACUAGAACUUUCACUAGACUCAAAAUAGAGAGAAGUAGAUGUUUUAAACUUAAAUAUUAUUAUAAAACACUCUUCUUCCUUUGCAUUAGAUCAAAAUUAUUUGCAUUAUCUGAAUCUAUUCUAUACAUCACAGAAAAGAUAAUACAUGGUAGGAAAGCUGCUCAUUUUUCACUCACAAGGAAAUGAACUUCCCCUAUUUUAUUAAAAAUGAAUGCUUCAAGAAACUCUACUUUGCAGAUGAAAAUUCUGAAAAAGCAAAAAUACCAGUGUCAAACUCAGAUUAUUUUUCUCUAGCCUACCUGCAAAUGGACAAAGUUAGAUUGCUUCCACUUAAGCUAAUGGUUGAGACAGGACACCUACCACACUGAGAUCUAAUUCCUAUACAUAUAGAAGAUCUAGAUGACUCAGCACAAAAAAAGUAAAAUAAGCUGGUCUGUCUUCUCAGUAAUACCAGGAAGAGUUGUUGCUUUGUAAAUAGAGGACAUGUUUUUCACAAGACGUUUUUCUCAUAGUAGCAAUCACAUGAGUAGGAAGAGGUCACGCUUUAUUGUGGAUUAAAAGAACUUUCUGUAAAAGUAAAGUAUACCAGUCAUAGAGGCACUAAUUUGGCACUUUUUCUACAUCUUGAGCUUAAGUAUAUCAUUGCAUGUGUGAGUCCAUUAUUAAGUUGACUUACAAUUUGUACUGUAUUUUGAAUUUUAUUAAUGCACAGAUUCAAGUCCAUUUAUUUCUGAAUAUGUCUCUUAUAUUUGGGCACUGUCACACACAUUGGAAAGGGUCACCCUAUUAGGGUUUAAGUGUAUACACAUAUAAAUUGAGACUUAAAUUUAUCAAAUGGCUUAGUUAUAAUAAUUAGAGAGGAAUUAUAGAAAUGUUUGUUUUAAAAAGAGGGUAGAUUUUCACACUUUGUUCUAUUCAAAGCGGAAGUAACUCCACUGUCCACACUUCUACUAAAAAGCAGACUAUGUUCUCCUGAUAAUUAAAUAGAUAUUUCAACCUCUGUUUAUCCAGACUGUAUAUGAAAGAUGCAUACUGAAAAUCAAAAUUAUGUUAGUAAUAAAUGUAACUUGAACAUCAAGUCAAGAAACCUUUCAUUUUUCCUUAUUAAAAAUUAUUGUAAAUUGUUCUUUAUACCAAAGAAGAUUCACUGUUAUCCACUACAUAUUUUUAAAUUUUAUUUUCCAUAGUAGCUUCCAGAUACAUCAAAAUAAUUUCAUGCUAGGUGGAAACCUUUAAACUGUUGUUAAAGAAAGAAAGUGUUCAUUGACCCCUGUUACAGCAUGGUGGGGAAGACUUUAUUCAGGACCACUGCAAUGGGGUCUUGUGGUAACGGGGUAGAGAUUGGAUUUGACUCUGAACAAAACAUAGACAAGAGGGAGUUCAGAGCCAAGGAGCAGGGUGUGUGGGGGGGACUGGUCAAUAGAUGGAAAGUUACCAAGACAAAACACCAGGGGUAGGGAGCAUUCUGGCUGAAACAACCUAAUAGGGUUCUUACUAAAGAGAGGUCAGGGUGACCAGCCUUAAUAGGUGGUAGUGGUGGUGGGGGCUGCAUGAGGAGCUACUGAGAUUGGAGGGUCAUCAGAUAUUGGAGAAGGGGAGGAAGUAUUCUUGGCAAACUGACUUAGCAAGGCUCUUUGCCAAAAUAAGAUUUUACGUGGAAGUACAGAUGGGUCUAGCAGAAGACUCAGAAGCCUGAUUAAAGUUUGACCAAGCAAAAAAUUCUUUGUUACUGUGACAUUUAAAAAUUUCUUUGAAACCUUAUCUGAAAAAUAGGAUCAAUUUAACAAGUAAGGUAUGAAGUUUAGAAUCCAAACUUAUUUAGAUAUUCAUGUUAACUAAUUCUUUCCUUACUAGUAUACUGAAAAUCGGUCCUAAGUCCAGGUACAGACAAUGGUAACAUGGUUGACAAACGCUGGUUGAAUUUCUAAAGCCAUGCUUGUCAUUCUAGUAUUUCCAAUUAUUUGUCCCCAUUAGGCUGGCCCAAGAUUACCCUCUGUAGACUCAAGUCCUCACCAUAAAAAGGCAUUUUUAAGCAAAACAUUUUGAAAAAUGACUUUGGCUCUUUUACAGAAUAUUAAAACUAUCAGCCGGAAUGUGAACUCCCUGGUUAACUGGAAUCACACAGCACAGCUUUUUAAUACUGUUUUUCCAUGGAAAAAGCCCCUUUACUCUGAGGAAUUCCUGGUGUCCAGUAACUUAUGAAGUUCAAAGCAUUACUAAGAGGUGGGUAAUAUCAUCUCCAUAUGGAGCCAACAGGCAGCCUGAGGCAAGGAGAGUUCAAUUCCCUGGCAAGAUUCUCAGGCAGACAGCAACAGCAAAGCCUCAAGACCUGGCAGUUUGUCCGUAGUCCACAUAACAGAGGUGUUCAGAACAUAGGGCUCCCUUCUCCUAAGCAGUUUUGGCAAAUCACAAGAUAAAGGACAUCUCAAAUUUAAUACAUCAGUAUUUUUCAUGAAGGGGCAUUUCAUUAUUUAUAAACACUUUCAAUCACGCCCUCCUAUGAAAAUUGACAUAAGAAAUGCCAUCAGGACUGGGCCGACAUUGUGGUGCAAUGGGUUAAGCCACCGCCUGUGACUCUGGCAUCCCAUAUUAGUGCAGUUUAUGUCCCAGGUGCUCCUCUUAUAAUCCAGCUUCCUACUCAAGCACCUGGGAAAGCUUGGGAAGAUGGCCUAGGUUCUUAGGCGCCUGCCACCCACUUGGGAGACUCAGAUUGAGUUCCAUGCUCCUGGCUUCCGCCUGGCCUAGCCCUAUCCGUUGAGGCUGUUUGGUGAGUGAACCAGCAGAAGGAAGAUCUCUAUCUCUCUCCCUCUGCCUUUCAAAUAAAUAAAUAAAUAUUUUGAAAGAAAUAAGAGGGAAUACCAUCAGUAUAUGUUCCUGUGGGGUGGGAUUCAUUUGCUUUAAAGGUGUCCAGAAGGCUUGCUGGAGUGUUCUUUCCUUCCUUCUGUAACCUUCUUCAUCAAAUUCCCUCUGCUCCCAGCCCCUCUACCAGGAAAAAACUCAGCUCACCUCAGCAUUUUUCACUCUGUAUUUUUUAUGUGAGGGGACGAAAAGCCUUCAUAAAAGUGGGACUGCCAUACCAUGAUGGUUUAAAUAAGUGUGAGAUUUGUCCUAAACUACCCAACAAAUUACAAUGGUCCAUAUGUAGGCAAAGGCACAAUCUUACUUAAGCCCAGAUUUUUCCAGAGAGGCUUGUCCACAUAGCUAUCCACAUACAGAGGUAGAGACAGGAUCUUCUGCAUGGCCUUUUCUUAGCAUCACCUUUACUAGAAAAGGAAGAUUCUUUAUUUAGAUAAUUGAGCUAAAAAUGGAUUCUCCAGGGAUAAUUCUUCAACACAGAGGUAUUUCUAGAGCCCAUGUUUGAAAGUAAAGUGCUACGCUUUCUUCCAUCCCUGCCCUCACUCGGAUAGAGCAACCAAUUUUAGAGCAGCAAAGGAAACCUCAACCCAGGAGUCUGCAGAAGCUUCACAGCUCUCAAAGCUGCUCCCUGACCUGUCGGGACGAGCCUCAUUUCAAGAGGCUGCUGGCUUGGUGGUUUUUCUUGUUAAACUACAUGUCAUUCAUACCGCAGUUUUCUGCAGGUCCAGUACAUAGGACACAGAGGCAUCCUAGUUUAAAAACAAUAAAUAGAUAAAUAAGGGGGAAAGUAUUUCCUAGAGCUUGUUACUACACAAGCAGAAAGGUGUGAUCCCUUCUCUCACCCUUCAUAAGGGUUGCAGCUACCACUGCUCUAACAAAAGGCAGGUUCACAAGAGAAAUGUGUAACGAAUUUAUGUAAUCAGUUUUACAGACAUGUAAGCCUUCGGAAAUGAAGACUCAGAGGCCCCAGGGGGAAACUGUGUUCACGCCUACAUUUGGUAAAGACUGGACAGAUGUAUAGACAUGUGACUGGACAGAAGGUCGUAGAUUCAGCAGGGAAACCCAGUGAGGUCGUCCGUUGGGAUUCUUCCUGGCCUUUCUGUGUUGCAUUGCUUCCUCCUGGGAGUGGGACACUCCUAUACCAAAAGGCAGCUUAGCAACAGUAUUGGAUGACAAGUUUAUUAAUGGAGUCAAGAACUCCAUCCAGGUCUCCCACAUGGGUAGAGGAGUACUUGGAGCUUCCCAGGCGGUUUAGCAGGUAGCUGGACCAUAGAGAGACUAGCAGUGACUUGAACAGGCAUUCCUGAUGCCAUUAUCGCAAGUCAGGGCUUAUUCUGCUACACCAUAAAACCCACCCCUGGGAUUCCACUUUCUGUGUCUCACUCUAGGAGGGAAGGAGGGAUGGGAGACAGAAGGAUGGGAGAAGCUCAGGUAGAGUUGUCUGUGAGGCCUUGCUGUCUGCUGCUGUUGGAAGCGCUCAGCAUGCCAGAGCAGGAGCACCACACUCUGGAGUGCCUUGCUCUGAGCCCAGACAUAAUUACUUGGGCCUUUAUGCCAGUUGAAUGCUACUUUACCCUUGGAGUCAGAUGAUCUCUCUGGUUUCUCUCUAUGGUAACUAGGGCUGUGACUAGUAGCAUCACAAAAUAGCUAUGAUUUAUUGAAAGUUUUAGAGGGUUAAGAAGAAAAACAACCCUAAUUUUGUGAUAAAAUAGCCAAAGUUCAAUGCACAGUUAAGCAUGAACUUGACAAAGAAAAUAACCAAACAGAAAAAAAAAGUUGGGGAGGUGGAUAAGGGUUGAGAGGUUUUAUGUCCAGCAGUAUUUUCCUGUUGUAGUUUUUGAAAAUCUUAUAUUUCUCAUUAUGAUUCAACCAGUUCAUUCAUACAAUGUUUGACUAAGACAUGUAUCUGUAUUUCUCAUUUUGCACAAAAAGGGAGACAUUGAUAAAUAAGAUGUAACUAUUCAAGGUCUAAAAUACUAUGAUGUAGAAAAAAAUCAGAGGUAUGAAUAAAUCCUACAAUAUUUUGCCUAAGGAAGUUGCCAAUGAAGAAUACAUUUAACUGUCACUUUUUAUAGUGUGAAUAAAUAUUUUUCUUUCAAAAAUAA